ACUGCUUCCGGGGUCACUUCGCAGAGCAGGAUGCAGGUCACCCCAUACACAGCUGGGGGAUGAUGCUCCUCCGCCUGCGCCCUGCGCUGGCAUCCCGGCUCUACGCAGCGUUCCCGGACGCGCGACCGAGAGGACUCUCGAGAUCACGCCCGUUGCGCAGCGCCGGCAGCCCGCGUGGAGGCUGCAGCAGAGCCGGUAAAAGGGGAUGUGAACCUGACAUCGCCGCCGUGUCCCCCAGCAAGCGGGCCCGACCCUCCGAGGCGGCCCUGCGGCUGCGCUUCGUGCGGCUGUCGGAGCAUGCCACGGCCCCGACGCGGGGGUCUGCGCGCGCCGCUGGCUACGACCUGUACAGUGCCUAUGAUUACACGAUACCCUCUAUGGAGAAAGCGCUUGUCAAAACGGACAUUCAGAUCGGGCUUCCUUCUGGGUGCUAUGGAAGAGUCGCUCCACGCUCUGGCUUGGCUACCAAAUACUUCAUAGAUGUUGGAGCUGGGGUCAUCGAUGAAGAUUACAGAGGCAACGUUGGUGUCGUGCUUUUUAAUUUUGGCAAAGAAAAAUUUGAAGUGAAGAAAGGUGAUCGAAUUGCCCAGCUCAUCUGUGAACGGAUUUAUUACCCAGAAAUAGAAGAAGUUGAAGGAUUGGACAGCACCGAGAGGGGCUCUGGAGGCUUUGGUUCCACUGGGAAGAACUAAAUAAAAUUUGGGCUCAAGAGUGAGAAAAUGCCCUUUUUUUCUUAAAAGUAGAUGUUUUUGGCUGAAGUGUUUUGAUGUUUUGUGCAUCUGUAAACUUGAAAUUCUUAUUUUGCUGAUGACAGUUCUGUGAGCUUCACUGAGAAACUUCCUUUGUUGUGUGUGUAACCAGCGAUUGAAGGCUGUGUAUAGGUACCAUUUGUGACAACCUAAUGCAAAAUUUAAAAUCAGGUGUUAAUUAGGUACCAAUUUUUAGUUAACUGCAUUUAAUUCAAUAAACAGUACUUUUUCAAAAUAA